AUGGCAUCGUCUUCGUCAACUGGCAUUUCUGGUGAUAAACUGCAAAAAUGCGUUAAACAUCAAAACGAGGAGAUCAAGUUUUAUUGUCUUGCGCAUGAAAACUUUGGAUGUAAUACCUGUAUAACAUUGUCACAUAAAUUAUGUGAAACUGCAUAUAUUCCAGAAGUAUCGGAGAAAUUUUCGACACAUUUUGAAUACUUGCAUUAUGAGAAAUGUAUACAAGAUUUAAAGGAAAGCUGUGCAGUUAACAUUUGCAAACUGGAAGCAGAUAUUGUACGGAUUGAAAAACAAUACACCAAUGUUAUGUCGGAGAUAAAGAAAAGAAGACAGGAGGUACAGGUCUACCUUGAUAAGGUCCAGUUACAGCUUGAAGACGAAGCUUUAGCUUUUAAAAAGACUAACCAAGAUUUAAUGAGAUCAUUGAAGAGCGCGUAUGAAUCCGUGGCUCAACAAAUAGUAAACACAGAAUACGUAACAAGCCAAUUAAAGAAAGAUAAGAAAUAUAAUGCACUUUUUUGUGAGGUGAAACAAGCUAGGAAGAAGAUUUCAGAGAUCCAUUCACGUGCUUAUGAGAUCUCUACAAGGUAUCAAAAACAAGAAUGCAAAUUCCAACAACGAAUGGACUUACAAACAACCAAAAAUAUGUUUGGGGCGAUAGAAAUUGAAGAAAUGUACUUAGGUCCUUGCAACACAUCUGAGUCAUUACAGACACAACCUCUUUGUCAUAUAAAUAUCAAAUCUGACAAUGACAAAAAAACAUGUUAUGCUACGGGACUUGCUUUUAUAUCCAGUGAUCAGCUGGCUGUGGCAGAUAAAAUGAACAGAGUGGUGAAAAUAGUAGAUUUCGGCAAUGAUAAAAUAAUCUCUGAAAUCAAGUUAUCAUCAUGUCCACACGAUGUAACCGCCAUAUCGCCCAACCGACUUGCCGUUACAUUGGGCGAUGAAAAGAUUAUUCAGUUAUUAUCAACAGAAGCUGGUCUAAACAAAACUGGACAGAUUAAAACUGAAGGUCAUUGCCGUGGUAUCAAAUUUUCCGAUGGACAUUUAUAUGUAACGUUUGAUAACGUUAUGAGUUCAAGGGUCGAGGUGUUGAUUCUCAGAGGCGAAGUAGUAAAGACAUUCCAAUUUGGUGAUACCGGGAACAUUUUAGUAUUUAAACCAAAAUGUAUCGGGUUUACUCCGGACCGAAGUCAGCUCUACGUGACAGACAGUAACGGAAUAUACCGGAUAUCAAGUAGGAAAAAAGUCACCGCAAUUUUCGAAACAUUUAGAUUAAUGGGUAUUGCAGUUAGCGAACGAGGUUCUGUAUUUGCCACUUCAAAAUGGGAAGACGUAGUUUAUCAGUUUGAGGAUGACUUGUCGAACAAAAGAUAUACCUUAGGUAUAAAAGGUGCAAUAGCUCUGGCAAUUUGUCACGCAAGGAACAUGCUAGUUGUAAGCUGUGGAAGUGGCGGGGUUGAAGUGUGUGACAAAUUGCACGUAUUUAAAAUCGUAUAA